AAAGAAAUAAUCGAAAAAAACGAGAAAAUUGAAAGUUUAAAAACAAGUAUUAAGGAAUUAAAACGAAACGAAAAAGAAAAUAGGAAAUUAGAGAAGCAAAUUGAGGACUUGGCUAAUCAAUUAGCAGAAGCCAAAAGGUUAAAAGAAGAGGCUAAGGCAGAAAAAAAGCGGGUUCUGGAACAAAUGAAAGCCGCCCGAGAGGCUCUGAAUAAUCUUAAUAACGAAUUAGAAGAGCAAAGAGAAAUGAUGAACUCCCAAAUGAAACAAUUAAUUGUCGAUUUAAACAAAAUCCAGCAAAAAUAUCAAAAAAUAUUAAUUAGUUUGGGAUUCUCAGAGGAAGAAAUUGGUGAAGAUGUUACAGGAUUUUUGACAGAAAUAUUAGGGCAAAAAAUUACCGGCGAGGCUACUACUCUCAAAGAUAUUAGAGAAAUAUCUGAAGUGAGUAAUUUACAGGAUUUAAUUGAGAAAACGAAACAAUUAGAGAGUGAAGUGGCUCGGCUAAAACAAAUAGAAAAUCAGCAGAAGCGAAAGGAUAAAACUGUUCCGUUGCAAACACUUUCUAUUGAAAUAAGCAAAGGGGAAAUAAAAAGUUUACAAGAAGAAGCCGAAAAUCAAGAGGAGAAAUUAGAAGAUUUGUCCGACGAGGAAUUAAUAGAAAGAUUAGAAACCAAAAAGGAAGAAAAAGAUCUAUUCUAUUUGGUAAAGAAAAAAGGUCAAGGAGAAAACAUUAUUGAAGAAAAAAGAUCCCUAAUUACUGAUAUCUUGUCACUUCUUAAUAGUUCUGAUGACAAGGAAUUUGGGAGAGCCGCCGCUUUGGUCGUUCUGGCUCCGACUACCCAAUCCAUAAAAAAACUGUAUCAAUUUUCAUUUCAACCCGAAUUAGUGGCUGGAAUAAUCCAAAACUUUCAGCAACAAUUAGCUCAACAAGCCAAUCAAUUAUCGAUUGAAAAAACCCCAGUGCAAGAAAGGUUUUUAGUUGAAGAGAUUAAAGGGUUAAGAAAAAAAUUAGAAGAAAAAGAAAAAGACAAAGAUAAUUUAGAAAAAUUUUUACAAAAAUUGGCUGGAUAUUUACAAAAAGAUGAAGAGGAUUGUGUCGAGAUUGCUAGUGAAAAAAAAGAUCAAAUCGAAAAAGAAGCAUGA